UCUGACCUCUACUUCGGAGACUGACAACUUGAAGACGAAGCCACUCCAAUAUGACAGCAAUUGAAAUAUGUAACUCAAGCAGUGGCCCAGCUGUGAUACCAUGUAGGACAAAGCUUGCGCGUUUCUGCCAGCAGACGCGGGGUUCCAAACCAAUGGUGGGGCAACCUCCCAAGUGUAUGAACCUUACGUCUCUUCCUGCGACGACAUCUCAAGAAAGAGCUUAAGCAUACUCAAAUACACAGUAGGCCUUCUAUCUUGCGACAUUCACGUCCUCGUUGCGCCGUUCAUCUUGCAUCGUCAACAUGGAUUUCAACUCGUCAGAUCCCUCUCCCGAGGGCGUCAUAUCCUUCUUGGAUACAGACUUGUACAAGCUCACGAUGCAAUGCGCUGUUUUCAAAUACUACCGUGAUGUACCUGUUACGUAUGCUUUCACAAACCGCACCCCCGAGAAGAGAUUCUCAAGAAAGGCUUUCACAUGGCUCAGCGAUCAGAUCAGCAAGCUCGGUAACAUCUCGCUAUCCGAUGAAGAAUACCACUUCCUACAGACGAAAUGUGUCGACGGGAACGGCAAACCAUACCUUAAUCCGGCCUACCUUGAGUUUCUGAAAGACUUCCGUCUCUCCCCACGGGAGCAAGUCGUGGCUACCUGGGAAGCUGUCGGCAAGGACACUGGAGCCGAUAGUGACCUUGGUUCCACCGACAUACAGAUUCGCGGCAGAUGGGUCGACACAAUCCUUUACGAGAUCCCUAUACUGGCCCUCGCAUCCGAGGCUUAUUUCCGUUUCAUGGACACGGAUUGGAACUACGAAAAUCAAUUCGAUAAUGCCAAAGAAAAGGGUGUCAAUCUGCUCCAAGCUGGCUGCAAAAUCUCAGAGUUUGGCACACGCAGAAGAAGAGACUAUCAUACGCAAUACCUGGUUAUCAAGGGCUUGAAGGAUGCUGUGGACCAGGGCGUCAAGGAGGCCACAGCCAAGGGGGACGGUAGCAAGGCCAAGGAGGGCACUGACAAAAAUGGUUGGACAGGCAAGUUCUUGGGGACUAGUAAUGUGCACCUUGCCAUGCGGCUCGACCUUGCACCCAUAGGCACAGUUGCACAUGAAUGGUUCAUGGGAAUUGCUGCUAUCACGAAUGACUAUGAGGGAGCAUCGGAGGAAGCUCUAAAAAGAUGGAUCGGGUGUUUUGGCGAAGGUGUCCUGGGCAUCGCCUUGACAGAUACAUUCGGUACACCCGCAUUCCUGAAAGCAUUCGCAAAACCUGUCAAGUAUCUCCCAGAUACGCCGAAUAUCCCACCUGCAUCCGAGGGCACAGUGCCAAACAAGACUUAUGCCGAUGUCUUCCAAGGCGUUCGCCAGGACUCAGGUGACCCAGCGACGUUCGUCGGGCUGAUGCGCGAAUUUUAUGACGGUGCUGGGAUCAAGGACGAGAAGACCAUCGUAUUUUCUGACUCAUUGAACAACGAAAACUGUCUUGAGUACAAGAAGGUGUCCGAGGAUGCCGGAUUCCAGACUACAUUCGGUAUUGGGACGUUCUUUUCCAAUGAUUUCAAGUCGUUGACCACAGGACAAAAGUCAACCCCCCUGAACAUCGUCAUCAAGUUGAGCUCGGCUGGUGGAAACCCUGCCAUCAAGAUCAGCGACAACGUUGGCAAGAAUACAGGGGACAAGGCCAAGGUUGUGGAAGUCAAGAAGCAACUGGGCUAUAUUGAAAAGAAUUGGAAGGAGGGAGACGAAACUGCGAGGUGGGGGAAUUAGAGUCUAGAUAGGUGCCUUCUUGGUAGUUUACGUUGGCGUUACUAGCUUAUUAUGAUGACUCGACAGGAUACCUCAUAGAAGGGCUGGGCUACUGGUUUGUUGUUCUAGUCUUGUAUUCGAUGUCCUGGAACUUGCCUAGAAGCUUAUGAUAUGAAAGACAUUAGCACAUAAAUCCGGAGCCUCUCUCGGCGAGCAGAAUCACUGUGUCCUUUCAGGCAGUUUCUCAUGCGGAACAUGGGUAGAUGUGGGCAAUACAGGCGAGAGAGCUAUAUUGGCAAUAAUAAUGAUGAGACUUACUCCCGGGAGUUUGUAGCAACAAGAGGGCUACCUACGGGCCACUGGUCCAAUUACUGCACCUAGCACAUAGCCGAUGUGCCUGGGGCACGCAAUAGUAGCAUUCUGUUGCAAGUUGUAGAUAUCGAGGAUUGGUAAACAUCAUACCGC